AUGACUGUCCAAAAACAACCAGCUGUCUUCUACGUUAACGCCGCCUUAUUCGACUGUGACGGUACCUUAGUCAACUCCACCGGAGCCAUUUCCGAGUUCUGGAGAGAUUUCGGUAAGACCAGACCUCACGUUAACCCAGACGAAAUCAUCAGAACCUCCCACGGAUGCCGUACUUUCGAUGUCAUCGCCAAGUGGUCUCCAGAAGAUGCCAUCGAAGAACAAGUUACUGAAUGGGAAGGGUCCAUUCCAGACUCCUUUGGCCAAUACGCCAAGCCCAUCAAGGGAGCUGUGGAGUUGGUCAAGUCUUUCGACCACUUCUCCAAGACCCAAACUGCCGACGGUAAGCAGAAAUGGGCUAUUGUCACCUCCGGUACCUUGCCAUUAGCUACCAAGUGGUUGAAGUUGUUGACCAUCGAGAAGCCAGACUGCUUCAUCACCGCUGAGAAGGUCACCAAGGGUAAGCCACACCCUCAGGGUUACCAAUCCGCCAGAAACACCUUAGGCUGUGAAGCUGCUCACAAGAAGGUUGUUGUUUUCGAAGAUGCCCCUGCUGGUAUCACUGCCGGUAAGGGUGCGGGCGCCUUUAUUGUUGGUAUCUGCUCCACUUAUGACCCAGAAAAGGUCAGAAAGUCUGGUGCCGAUAUCGUGGUCGACGACUUGAGUUCGUUCAGCAUUGAGUCCUACAACCCAGACACCGAAGAGUUCAAGGUUGUGGUUAAGGACUACCACUACGCCAACGAUGAAUUUUUGCAAACUGUUUAG